AGAGCCGAAGAUGUCGGCUCGGUCAUGUGAUCAGCUGUGUCCAAUCACAGCUGAUCACAUGAGAGCCGGUAAUCGGCAUUCCUCAGAGGGGACAUGUAAACUGAUCAUCAGGGCACUGAUGAUCAGUGUAGCCCCAGCAGUGCCACCUGUCAGUGUCCAUCAAUGCCAGCUGUCAGUGCUCAUCAGUGCCACCUGCUAGUGCCCAUCAGUGCCACAUCAAUGCCAUAUAUCAGUGCCUACCAUUGCACAUCAAUAUUACAUAUCAGUGCCCAUCUGAGCUGCCUUUCAGUGUCACCUAUCAGUGCCAGUCAGUGCCAUCUAUCAGUUCCAGUCAGUGCUGCCUAUCAGUGCCCAUCAGUGAUGCCUAUCAGUGCCGCCUAACAGUGCCAGUCAGUGCCACCUAACAGUGCCAGUCAGUGCCGCCUAUCAGUGACAGUCAGUGCCGCCUAUCAGAGCUUCCUAUCAGU